AUCCUUUUCAGCAGUUAGGACAGUUCAAAAUGACCAAAUUGCCUUAGGCAGCAGAUGACAGCAUGUUCCCUUCAUCAGCUGGAUCCAUUUGACAGUCCGUGUACUCUACCGCACGUCACGAGAGGCGGAGUAAUUUCUAUAUAGAAAUGGUUCGGUUUACAAGUUGUCUUAGUAUUGUAGUAUACUGUACGGGAUGCAGUCCAUGAAAGCGUGACCAGACUUUGGGGCCUUCCAAAUAUCAUAAUAAAGAAACAAGGGAGACUUCGAGGGUACCUAGGCUCCCCCUGAGGACAAUAAUCAUGAUAGUGUUUCAUUGCUCAAUUUAGAAUACAGUCCAUAUCUUCUUCAUCCUGCAGCCGGUCCAUUGCUAACAGGGUUUGUUUGAUCGAAUCAUUGGACAUCUCCACAAACAGUUCCAGUUUGUGGUCCGUUGACCACCUACAGGGCUCAGCCCGUCUCCAAUAGAAAGACGAGGAGAACAUGGAACCUGACGUAUUGGAGCAGAUAUUCGACGGAAGCAUCGAACCAAGAGAUAUAAAGUUAUCAGAUUUACAGAGCAUAACUAAAAAUUUCUCCGAGGACCAAAUAAUUGGCAAGGGUGGAUUUGGAACUGUUUACAAGGGUGUCCUCCUUAAUGGAGUAGUUGCAGUGAAGAGGAUACACAACAUGCAUACAAUAGAUGAGAAGCUAUUUCACCGGGAGGUUAACAGCCUAUUGAUGGUCAACCAUAAAAACAUAUUUCGGUUUCUUGGCUUCUGUUCUCAUACGGUACAUAAACCAUUCAAAAAUGAAGGGUCAGGCGGAUACAUUUUGUUUGAGGAUAGAGAAAGAAUACUCUGUUUUGAGUACGUCAACAAUGGAAGUCUUGAAAACUAUAUUGCAGAUGAAUUAAGAGGGCUCCAAUGGGACACUCGUUAUUCAAUAAUAAAAGGAAUCUGCGAGGGUCUGCAGUAUCUUCAUAUGGAAAAGAGUAUUAUGCAUAUGGAUCUGAAGCCAGCAAACAUACUAAUAGAUGAUAACAUGGUAGCGAAAAUUACUGAUUUUGGUUUGUCUAGAAUGGUGGAAAACUCACAAACCAAAACUACAAACCGCUUUUUUACACUAGGAUACAGCGCCCCAGAAUACAUAGACAGUGGCACCAUGUCACCCAGCUAUGAUGUGUAUAGCUUGGGCAUCAUAAUAAUCCAACUGGUGACAGGACACAGGAGUGUUACCAAUAGUAAUAACGUACUUAGAAAAUGGAGGCACAGAUUGCGUAAAUCAGGCAAAGAAACACCAUUUAGAUACCAACAAAUUGCAAAACUCCUCGAGAUUGGGCUACUCUGCCAGGAAAAGGACCCCUACAGGAGGCCUUUUAUAUCAGACAUAAUACAUGUUAUCAAUGAAUUGGAAAGCACAGAUUGGCAAAUCAGCAAUGAGAACAAAUCUACUGCAGAGCAGAUGAGUGCCUACUCGGAGGAUGACAUGCUUGGGAUCGAGCCGCUCGAGCUACGCUUUCCGUUUGAGCUCAACACUAAGAUACCACGCUCACUUGAGCUAACCAAUGAGACAAAUUCUUCUAUUGCCUUCAGCAUCAAAACGACAAUCCCUCUACCAUACUGUAUAGAACCAAAGAAAGACAUUGUUGCUCCGCAAUCAAAGUAUAGUGUCAACAUAACAUUACACCCAAUAGACAAGGCACCGCAAGAUACGCUUAUUGGCGAUUUCAUCGUGCGGAGCACCAAAGUGAAUGACAAUCUUAAAAGUGAGGACAUAAAUGAAGAUAUAUUCAACAGAGACGGGCCUAAAUUAGUUGAUGAGGUGAAUCUGACAGUUACAUAUAUGGCCGACGUACCCCAAGUGGAUGUGUCAAUUGGGCCGUUAAUUAGUUUAGACACGAGAAAUCUGCAUGGCCCAAAUGAAUCCAAUGUACCGCUAACAGAGGCAGAAUCCAAGCCAAGCCCAUGUACCUCAAACGAGCUGAUCCAGUUUGACCUGCCCGAGCUACCGCAUCAAAUGUUUUACACUCCCGACCCCACCAUGGACCCGCCGCCCAGAGCACUGGCACCAAGCGAGGUGAAGUACUGCAAGAAGGCGCUCAAGGCAUUCGACAAAAAGCUCAAGCAGCCACUCGCCAUCCACCGGGAGUAUAUAGACCUUACGGACGUAAGAAAAACGCUCCAGUCGACUCAGAAUUUUGAAGUGGCUCUAAAUCCUGAUAAUAGGAAAAGGAACCGCUAUACUGAUGCCAUUCCAUUUGAUGAAACCAGGAUAAGACUACAGUCCUCAACAGGCAUUCAGAAAAGCAAUGACUACAUCAAUGCAAGCCUUAUAAAGCAUUAUGACAUAGAUCAAACUAAGUUCAUUUCUACUCAAGGACCACUAGUCAAUACAUUAGAAGAUUUCUGGCAGAUGGUCGUUGAGAACAGCUCUCCGGUAAUUGUUAUGCUCUGCAAAUUUGACUAUAUUAAGUGUGAUGAGUAUCUUCCAUUGAGCAAGUGCCAAGGAAAAUACGGAAAAUUUAUUGUUAACAUCACGAAGGUCAGACAAGAUGGUGAAUUAAUUUUGCGCAGUGUGAAGGUGCAACAUAAUGAGUCACUUAAAGUGCAUCAUGUUCUCCACAUCCAGCACUCUACAUGGCCUGACCAUGGCGUGCCAAAUGAUACCAGUGCUGUACGGAACAUUCUAAAAAGAUUAUAUAAGAUUCCGAAAGGGUACCGAAUAGUUGCACAUGGCAGUGCAGGCAUUGGGAGAACUGGUGCUUACAUCACCAUCCAUAAUACAGUAGAGAGGGUAUUACUUGGUGAACAAUCUUCUAUAGAUAUUGCAGCAACUGUCAAUAAGUUUAGAUCCCAGCGUCCUGGGAUGGUCCAAACAGAGGAGCAAUACAUGUUCUGCUAUCAGGCCAUUGCGGAUGAGCUGAAAGAUCUGACUAAAAUUUAUAGCACAAGGUCCGAGAGGAAUUUCUUCCAGAGACUCUUGUGAAAUACUACUCUUGCUUCCUCGAUUUGCUAAGCUUAGCUGACAGCAUUGAUGCACGUCACGAAGGAAGAUUUGGGUUUCAGAAGGAAUCUCUUUCGAACAUUUAUCUGAUAUAAGGAUUUCACAAAUUUUGAUCGUAUUUCGCAGCGAUUUGCAAACGGCUGCCACACACCCAGAGUCACCAUUGCUAUGUCUUCACCUGUCUUACUUUGGUUCCUUAAUAUCUGUGUUGACGCCACAUAGUUGGCAUGUCUACUGGUGCACCACCGCCACCAAGUAGCUUGCAUUGUAUGAUGGCAGAUGCAUGGAACUCAAAUUGUGCUGAAUGGUCUCGGUUUUUUGUGUGUGUUUCCUUGUU